CUUUGCUUUUCUUUUGGCCAUUUGCUAAUCUCUCUUCGUUCUUUCUUUCGCCUUCGUCUCGAUCAAGCAAGCCCCUCUCUUUCUCUCUCUCUCCAACGUAGAGGAGACGAUCGUGCGAACCCUGGAGAGAUUGAGAGGGACAGCGAAUUUUUUAGGUGACGUAGGGAGAUUAUACGGGAGCCAAAGGUUGUGGACGAUCAUUUGGUGAAGAAGUGAGCAAGGAUGCGCAAGUGGAUCUGUUGUACAUGUCAAAUAGAAGACUCAAACGAAGAGGAACACCUGAAAAGCUCGCAGCAGCAAUCUGAUGCAAAUCACAAGAAUCCAAAACCAGCACCCGCUGCAAAGCAUGAGGUGCAGAAGGAAGCUCUUCCCAUCGAGGUUCCGCCCUUGUCUUUGGAUGAGGUGAAGGAAAAGACUGAAAAUUUCGGGUCAAAGGCGCUGAUUGGUGAAGGAUCUUACGGAAGAGUAUAUUAUGCGACAUUAAAUGAUGGUAUAGCGGUUGCUCUGAAGAAACUUGAUGUUGCACCUGAAGCUGAGUCAGAUGCCGAGUUCUUGAGUCAGGUUUCCAUGGUUUCUAGACUGAAGCAUGAGAAUCUCAUUCAAUUGCUUGGAUUUUGUGUUGAUGGAAACGUCCGUGUCCUUGCAUAUGAGUUUGCAACAAUGGGAUCGUUGCAUGACAUCUUGCAUGGUAGGAAGGGAGUUCAAGGGGCACAGCCAGGUCCAACACUUGACUGGAUAACGAGGGUGAAAAUAGCGGUCGAGGCAGCUAGGGGUUUGGAAUACCUUCAUGAGAAGUCUCAGCCUCCUGUAAUCCAUAGAGACAUAAGAUCUAGCAAUGUUCUUCUUUUUGAAGACUACAAAGCAAAGAUUGCUGAUUUCAAUCUCUCGAAUCAAGCACCUGAUAAUGCUGCCCGUCUUCACUCAACAAGAGUCUUGGGAACUUUUGGUUAUCAUGCUCCAGAAUAUGCGAUGACUGGGCAGUUGACUCAGAAGAGUGAUGUGUACAGCUUUGGGGUUGUACUUCUGGAGCUUUUGACAGGGAGGAAACCGGUGGAUCAUACCAUGCCUCGGGGUCAGCAAAGUCUUGUAACCUGGGCGACACCAAGACUCAGUGAAGAUAAAGUCAAACAGUGCAUUGAUCCAAAGCUAAAAGCUGAUUACCCUCCAAAAGCAGUUGCUAAGCUAGCAGCUGUGGCAGCAUUGUGUGUGCAAUACGAAGCUGAGUUUAGACCAAAUAUGAGCAUAGUUGUGAAGGCGCUACAGCCACUCCUCAAAUCUCCACCUCCACCUCCAGCUCCAUCUCCAGCACCAGAAUCUUGAAACUUUACUUUCAUUUGCAUCUAUCAGAAUCUAUAAUCAGUGCCAUUACCAAUAUUAAUAUAUAUGCAUGAGGUUUGGUUUUGGGAGUGAUAACUAUAAAGAUGACAUUAUGUUUCAUUUGUAUGAUUGAUUUUGCACACAAUUUUGUUGUGCUAGAAGAGAGAUUAUGGCAAGUUGCCAUUCGGUGAGUGGGAGAGAGAGAGAGAGAGAGAGAGAAGGCUUACUAUUAUUAUUAAAGAUUGCCUUCUAAUUUGAUGUGAUCCCUCUUAAUUCUACCUCUCUCUACCUGAGAGGCUGAGACAGUCUUUAUGGAUAAUAACUUUAAGAAAAUGUUGAGUGUUCUUGAUCGACUUCAAAACAAUAUA